AUGGUGAAUCAUACGUCUCCAGGAAUCAUGUGUUUUAAUAACAAUAUCACAGAUGAAAUUGCAGAACUUGUUAUUACUGUGAAUUAUUUUAUUCUGAACGCUAUUAUCGGUUUUACUGGACUUGUGGUGAAUGUUAUCAAAGUGAUUGUGUUUUUCAAACUUGGACUUAAUGACAGCACCAACAUUUCCUUCUUCGUCCUGUCACUUGCAGAUACUGGAAUUGGAAUACUGAUGGUUGGUUUUAGUACAGUCUUCAACCCUUUGUUCAAACAAGCUGUCAUGUACAUUGACGUUGCAGUGUCCAUAGCUUAUUAUUGUGUGGCCUGGCCGUACGGUUUCUUCAGUCGUGUCGCAAGUCUUAUGACCGCAGUCAUCACUGUGGAGAGAUUCUUGUGCGUAACAUUUCCUUUAAAGGUUAAAGAGAUCUUCAACCCGACCGUUGCUGCCACAAUUUCUAUAAUCUUGAUACUGAGUGUGCUGGUCAGUGUUAUACCAGCUUUUGUAGCUACGAGACUUGGCCCAGUGUUUAAUGAUAAACUCAACCUAACACUAUUAGGACUUGUUCAAACUGAGUCGCGAGCACAGCUAGAGAGCGUCUCGUUUUUGUGUGUGGCUAUCUUUCAAAUAGUUUCUAUAGGAGUUAUAACGUCAUUCACCAUAGCAUUGACAUAUACAUUUCUUCAAAGUACAAAAUGGAGAAAGCAAGUGUCCAAUAAAAGUGAGCAGCUUUCAACCAAACACAAGAGACUGGUCAAGAUGGUCAUUUUCAUGUCCAUUUCAUUUUUAAUUUUCUCCAUCCCCUCAAUGAUAUUUAUAUUUCUUGCUGUGUUUCAGGAAGGAUUUACCAAUGACGGACCUUGUAAGAACGUAUUUUACCUUGUCAGUUCUUUUAUCUUUCCAACUGACGCUAUUAAUUCUAUAAUUAGUUUUGUUCUAUUACUUCACAUGAGCUCCAAGUUUAAACACAUCCUUAGACUCAUGUUUUUUGGGACCAAACGCCUAAAGAAACACUAG